AUGUCUUCGGUUUACGAUUUCAACGUCAAAAAUGCUAAUGGUGAUGACGUGUCACUUUCGGAUUACAAAGGAAAAGUUCUCAUUAUCGUGAACGUCGCUUCACAGUGUGGACUUACCAACAAGAAUUAUACACAACUCAAAGAAUUGCUCGAUGUGUACAAAAAGGAUGGUCUCGAAGUUCUUGCCUUCCCUUGCAAUCAAUUUGCCGGUCAGGAACCAUCGUGUGAAAUCGAUAUUCAAGCAUUUGUCGCUGACAAAUUUAAAUUCGAACCAACACUUUUCCAGAAGAUUGAUGUGAAUGGAGAUAAACAGUCACCACUUUUCAAAUUUUUGAAAAAUGAGAAAGGUGGAUUCAUGUUCGAUGCAAUUAAAUGGAAUUUCACAAAGUUCUUGGUUGGACGCGAUGGGAAAAUUAUCAAGAGAUUUGGACCAACGACUGAUCCAAAGGACAUGGAAAAAGAUAUCAAAGAAGCACUUGGAGAGAAAUUGUAAUUUAUUGCAGCAAUUCAAACUUUCAAAUUCAAUUCGAAACAAAAAAAAACAUACUUAAAAUAAAGAUAUGAUA